AGGCUGAUUCAAAAGCGUGAGUGUAUAUCGAUACAUAUCGGACAAGCAGGCGUUCAAAUGGGCAAUGCCUGCUGGGAACUUUACUGCCUUGAACAUGGGAUUAAUCCUGAUGGCCAGAUGCCCAGUGAUAAGACGAUCAAUAAAGAAGAUGCUUCUUUCAAUACAUUUUUUUCUGAAAGUGAUAGUGGUAAACACGUACCACGAGCAGUUUUUAUUGAUCUCGAACCCACAGUAGUAGAUGAAAUAAGAACUGGCACUUAUCGCCAACUAUUCCAUCCUGAACAAUUAAUUACGGGAAAAGAAGAUGCUGCAAAUAAUUAUGCUCGUGGACAUUACACAAUAGGAAAAGAAAUAAUUGAUUUAACGAUAGAUCGUACUCGACGAAUUACUGAACAAUGUCGAGGUCUUCAAGGAUUUCUUAUCUUUCAUUCAUUCGGUGGUGGAACAGGUUCGGGGUUUUCAAGUUUACUUAUGGAACAAUUAUCUGUCGAGUAUCCUAAACGAAGCAAACUGUCUUUCAGUGUUUAUCCUGCACCCCAGGUCUCAACUGCAGUUGUUGAACCAUACAAUGCUAUACUAUACACACACCCUACCCUUGAACACUGUGACGUCGCUUUUAUUGUCGAUAAUCAGGCAAUUUAUGAAUUGUGCAGGCGGAAUUUGAGUAUUGAAAGGCCAACAUACACAAAUUUAAAUAGAUUAAUUGGUCAAAUAGUUUCUUCAAUUACAGCAAGUCUUCGCUUCGAUGGAGCUUUGAAUGUUGAUUUAACAGAAUUUCAAACUAAUCUUGUUCCCUAUCCUAGAAUACAUUUUCCACUCGCAACAUAUGCACCAGUUUUAUCAGGGGAUAAAGCUGGACACGAACGAUCGACGGUCACCGAUAUAACAAGUUCAUGUUUCGAGCCCAACCAUCAGAUGGUUAAUUGUGAUCCUAGAAAAGGAAAAUAUAUGGCCGUUUGUAUGCUCUAUCGCGGUGACGUCGUUCCUAAAGAUGUCAAUGCAGCAAUCGCUACAAUAAAACAAAAGAAACAUGUACAGUUUGUUGAAUGGUCUCCCACGGGCUUUAAAAUUGGAAUAAAUUACCAACCACCGACAGUAGUGCCAGGAGGUGAUUUAGCGAAAACAGAAAGGGCUGUUUGUUGUCUUUCUAAUACAACAGCAAUAGUCGAUGCUUGGGCAAGAAUUGAUCAUAAAUUCGAUUUGAUGUACUCCAAAAGAGCUUUUGUUCAUUGGUAA